AUGACUGAGCCCAACCUGAUUGCCCAUUUUGCCCCGACCACUGACCAGUUACAUGAGAAGGCUCCCAACCAUGGUUGCGACAUGCCUGAAUUUCGGCCAGCGUCAGCGGUUGACAGUAUUCCGCCUGCCAUGCUGGUAUGGAGGGCAAACCUCCCUUUCAUACGCGACUUCGAUUUUCUCCACCUGAAGAUUCCAUUUCCCUGGCACGUCAAAGAUCAAGAGCUUUCCAACAUCAUCUGGCUGGCAGCUUGAGCUUCCUGGGAAAUUUAUUGAGACGUCUCUCCACGCAUCCUUUGGAAUACACGGCGAAACUUCUUUCUGUUGUGUGAAGGACAAGCCUAAGGGCAUAAAGAUAUGCGGAAUAGUGACCGACAUCUCGCAAGUACAAGUGAUCGGACAAAACCUUCCGAGCAAGGAAGAAGCUUCAGCCGUCACAACGACCUUUUCAACCAUUGAUCUGAGGCAUUUCUUUUGCCUCGGCGCCGCUUUGCGAGCUUUUUGAUUGAGAGUUGCUUUGUGUGCGUGCUCGAACUGCUUACAUUCGGUUUCGCAUGAUUCCUGGAAUGCAACGGGCAUCGAAUGGGGGCUUUCCGAUGUUGUACAUGCGCUAUCUUGACGGUAGUCGUAUGUUUCAGAUACCCUUAUGACUGGGAG